AUGGAGGAAAUUAACGCUGGUAGAGAACUACCAGCGUUGCAAAGUGCUGCAAGCCAGAUUGGAAAACCGAAACCAUAUACAACACUUGAGAGAUGGAUAGAAGACUUAAAUGUACAGACCAUUACAGAUUGGACUACUUUGAUACAUGUACCUGAAGAAUAUCAAACAGAAGACGCAGACCGCGCAUUGGCUAUGAGUAAAUGUCCAACUUCAAUUAUUGAUACUCUUCUUAAUAAUAGUGAUUGGCGUAAAUGGCCUGAUAGUUUAAAAGAUACACGUUGUACUGAACCUAACAUGGAUAAAAUAAAACAGUUGAAAUGUAAACGUAUUCCAGGAGCACCAGUAGUAUACGUGGGCCAUGCUAAUAACAGUUCGGUGCCUUAUCCAGGAAUUUUAUUAAUUUUCGAAAAACUUGUAUGA